UUAUUCGUACCAAGUGAUUGUGUGUCACGAAGUCGUGGAUUAUGUGCACCUUAACCUUAAUGUAGAAUAAUUGAUAAAAAUCCAUCGAAAAUGAACGUGUUUUCGGCUUUAAAGCUUUACAUCACCAAAAUGACCGAAGAAAGCGGUCCUGGUAUGAAAGUGCUCCUAAUGGAUAAGCAAACGACAAGCAUUGUUAGUAAUGUUUACAGCAAGUCGGAAAUUUUGCAAAAAGAAGUUUACUUAUUUGAACGCAUAGACAGUGGAGCGCAGCCUGAGGGUCUUCGUCACUUGAAAUGCAUCGUAUUCUUGAGGCCAACUGCAGAGAAUAUCUCCCUACUCUGUAGAGAGCUGAGGUGCCCAAAAUAUGGGGUUUAUUACAUAUAUUUCAGUAACAUAAUUGCAAAGGCUGACAUAAAAACAUUGGCCGAAAGUGAUGAACAAGAAGUAGUGAGAGAAGUUCACGAAUUCUAUGCCGAUUACCUGGCAUUGAAUCCCCAUCUAUUCUCCCUUGGAAUAAAUGUUUGCGUACAAGAUCUAAGGUGGAUACCAACACAUUUGCAGCGUACAGCGCAAGGAAUAAUUUCAAUUCUACUAUCUCUCAGAAAAUGCCCGUUCAUUAGAUACCAGGGUGGUUCCGAUAUGUCUAAAAUACUUGCUGAAAAAAUCAGGGAAACAUUCAGCAAGGAAUCAAACCUAUUUGACUUUAGACAAGAACUUAAUCCCCUGUUACUAAUUGUCGAUAGGCGUGAUGACCCUGUUACGCCAUUACUUAAUCAAUGGACAUACCAGGCCAUGGUUCAUGAACUUUUGACCAUUAAUAAUAACAGAGUAGACUUAUCUCAUGUUAAUGGAAUUUCGAAGGAACUGGCAGAGGUUGUUCUCAGUGCGGAACAUGAUGAAUUUUAUGCCCAAAACUUGUACUUAAACUUUGGUGAAAUUGGACAAAUGAUAAAAACACUAAUGGAUGAUUUUCAAAAAAAAUCAAAGAAGAACCAAAAGUUGGAAAGUAUAGCUGAUAUUAAAAAUUUUGUGGAAAUGUAUCCGCAAUUCAAAAAGAUAUCGGGUACAGUGUCAAAGCAUGUUACUGUUGUUGGUGAACUUUCAUCUCUUGUUGGAAAGCAUAAUCUACUCGAAGUGUCUGAAUUGGAACAGGAACUCAGCUGUCAGAGCGAACACUCUACACAGCUACAGAAAAUCAAGAAACUGAUCAAUGAUUCUAGAGUGCGAGACGUCGAUGCUACACGUUUAGUUAUGUUGUAUGCACUUCAUUAUGAGAAGCAUAGUAACAAUGACAUCACUGGGUUGUUAGACAUGUUGAAGAAAAAAGGUGUUCCAGCAACAUACACAAAGCUUGUCUACAGUAUAUUAGAGUACAGCGGAGUUCAUGCUAGGCAAAGUAAUCUGUUUAAUCAUGAAGGGGUUUCUAAAAUAACGAAGAAGUUAUUUAUGGGUCUGAGUGGCGUAGAUAACAUAUAUACGCAACAUAAACCAUUGCUAGUCGAAACAUUGGAUGAUCUGUUGAAAGGAAGGUUGAGCACUCAAACUUUCCCCUAUUUAGGAAAUAUGGUCAUGUCAAAAAGACCUCAAGAAAUUAUUGUUUUCAUAGUGGGCGGUGCGACUUAUGAAGAAAGUCUCGCUGUGAAUAAUUUGAAUAAACAAAAUCCAGGAACAAAAAUAAUUUUAGGUGGUACGACAAUUCACAAUUUCCAAACGUUCACAGAGGAAAUUCAAAGCGCUACUAAUAGUAUAACAAGAAGAUAUCGAAGUAGGAAUAACUAACUAAUAAAGCUUCAACAAUACUGUAACUAAAUAUUUAUUUACAUUACUUUUCACUGCUGUUACACUUAUGUUGCAUAAAACGUGUCUCAAGCUUCAAGUAUACAAUAGUUAACACUGGAUAAUGUCUGUAUCUGUUCCGAAUUUGCAUUAGUCAGUGAUAUGUAAGCCAUUCUUUUUUAUUUUCUUUCAUAAUCAUUGGUCCGUUUAUAAUACGUUGCACCGUGAUAGUAACUGUUUUUUUUAUGAAAAUUUAUCUGAGUAACUUCACCGUAUAACUGCAAAUAUUGAUUAUAAGUCUAAACUAAAUCACUCGAAUAAUCUCAGUUGAAAGAAACAGCUAGUGAUUUAAAAAGUUGUGAUUUACAGUAUUGAACGACUACGUACUAGUUUGCGGGUAAACAUUAUUCCAAAAUAAAGGCCAUUUAUUAACAUCUUACAAUUUUUAUUGUUUUCACUUCUGGAGAUUAAAAUUCAAUUUGAUAUCGAAAUACUACUCAUCUCUAGUGUGAUCUUCAAGCAUGUAGUCCGGUGGCCCUUCCAACAUCCGGUCAUCAUUUCUUGUUACCUUCAACAGAUACAUAAUGUUUUUCGCAAGUGAUUAUUUCGCAUAAUAUUGGAGUAAGUGUGGUGUUAAUUUGAAAAGACUUGUAUGAAAAUGUUCAGUUCGUUAAUAGGGCAUGUCUAAAUUACAUACCAAAACACCAGGUUUCUUUGUUUGAUACGAAUCUGUCAAGUGACCAUAACAUUUUCAUAUUUGGAUGAGAAUUUUUCGUUGUACCUACCGAACUCACCCAUAAUUUCAUUCUAUUCGGAAUCUGUAAGGGACCUCCGGGGUUUUAACAUUAUGACACUGAUUAUGAAUUGACCUAUAUCAAUUUAGAUCUAUGCUCACAAAUCCUUUUUUCGAGCCCUACUGAUCCUUAACGAUUUGUUGUUCCAGAAAUUCUGUUGUGAUGUGUGGGAGAUAAUUUUGAUACGGAAUCAGUCAAUAGCUUUUACAAUUUUGUAACAUACUUAAACACAGAUUAGAUCAUCCUUUUCAGACACAUCCAUGCAAUUAGCUAAGAUGAACAAUUCUUGUUGUAAGUUUUUAAUUGGAAUUCACACAAGUUAUAAUGAUGAAAUUAGAAUUGGUUAACUAUGUGAGAUAAAGGAUUUGUGACAAUGUUAAAAAAACCAUUAUCUUAGCAAUUAUGAACUGAAGAUCAGUGAGAUCGAGAUCUCAUAGUAUUAAGAAUGGGUGUAACAGACUAGUCUAAAGCCUCAUUUAAUAAUAUCAUUCACGUAAUUUUGUGUUUGUAUAAAUCUUGGACUAGUAUCUAUUGAUAAUUUAUGUGUAUAUCUUGGAGCUGUAUUUAAGAGUGCUUUAAUGCAACUUAUCCUUACUUACAUACCUCAACAAUGCCGGUGGAUAAAGCAUAACCGACCAUGGCUACAGUAGCAAAAACGCCAGCAAGGAAUUGGUUUCUCUUCUUGUGGGGAAAUUCGUUCUCUGAAUCUCUUCGCAUUUUUCUAACACUUUCUUCAGCUUUUUUCCUCUCAUAUUCUUGACAUAUGUCCGGAAAGUAUUUCUGAGAUAUACGAGUUACAAACUUGACUAAAUUUGUGCAGGCUUUGAGGUGAUUUUGCAAUGCAGGGUUUGGCAGUGGAGCUUUUAACAAAGGUGCAAGAUAUGAAUAGAUUAUUGCAUCCAGAGACGUAGGGUGAGGGCCAAAGAAAUACUCUCUUUCUCCCAGCCGAGUCGAUAACAGUGUCAAGCACUUCUGUGCUUCAGAAUACACCUGCAAUUUUAGUUGAUAAUUACUGAAGAUGUGCAAAUAAAUAAAUACUAGCAUUUGUAAAAUA